AAUUAGUUAUAAACCGCUUGUUCCGUUUCGAGUUCGACAGAACAAAGAUGGCGACUUGCAUGCGUCUGUUGUUGUUGUAGAAAUGGAUUUUGCAGAUUAUUGCAUCAUAUAUAAUGAGUAAAGCCAAACGCAAAGUGACAGUGGAUGCAGGAAAGCCUGUUCCAGAUGAUGGCGAGAGGCGAAAGCCGAGUGUCUUCGAAAGAUUAGGGCCUGGCGGAGCAAGAAAACCGGCGUACAGCGAGGAAUCGGAUAGAAGAGAGAGGUUCUACCAAAACACCCAGGAGAAAUGUCGGUACUGGCUACAGAAUGAGGAAUGUCCUUUUGGACCAAAGUGUAAAUUCGCCCACGGGUCAUUCAAGAAAGGGAAAUCAUCUAAGAGAGAUGAUGAUAGUUCUGAUGAGCCAAGGUCAAGGACCAAAGGUCGUAGGGAAAGAACGAGUGAUCACAGCGACGACGAGUCGGUGGAGAGGAAAAAACGCAGUAAGUCGAGAAAGGAAAAAGAGGCACGAAUAAAGUCAACCAUCGUCGUUAAAACAUCUCGUGGAGGGGAAAGUGACUUUGAAAGUGACAGUUCAAGCUCAUGGGGUCAAGAAGGUGAAGCCUUAACUGGCUUGGACUACAAGAAAGAGCUGGAGUUAGUGAGGCAGAGACAGAAGCUGAGACAGGAACUUAGCCAGCUGGAGGAUACAGACGAUGUUCGUGAGAACUUGCACAUUGAGAGAGAGAUCAGCAGCAGCGACAGUGACGGAAAUAACAGCCUAGACAGAGGACGGUUUCACAAGAAAAUGUCAAAGUCACCCAGCAAGAAGAAAGACAAGAAAAAACACAAGACUUCUAAAUCACCAGCACAUAAAGGGAAAGCACUGUCACCAAGUCCUAAGGACAAGGCCAAGAGGUAUGAAGAACCUGAAAAAGAUAUUCCAAGAAAAAAACACAAGAAAAAGAAAAUGUCAAUCGAAAAAAGAUAUGCUGAUUAUUCUGAUGAGGAACCCCCCGAAGUGGACACUGGAAAAGCUAAAAAAGUGAAAUCAGCUAAGGGUUCAAAGGCCAAACAUACAGAGCAGAGGCCCAAACUUAGCUUCCAGUCGGACGAGGACUUUGAUGAGGAGUUUGUCAUCAAAAAGAAUAGACAAAAGUCUUGGUCAAAGUCAGUAUCAAGGUCACCUUCAAGAUCACCCUCAAGGUCACCCACACCAGUAGCUGGCUAUGACCGUGGUCGGUCAAAGAGAACACCAUCAGAUUUUGAUCGAUAUGAAACAAAUAGAACUCCUUCACCAGAGAUGAAAAAGCCAAAGAAAUCUGGUCGAGACCAAGCAGACUAUGAAGUCUGGGAAAGAGACAGAGAAAGGGACACUAGUCGGGAAAAACCCCGCCACAAACUUGUACAAGAACGUGAUGAACUGUCUUCACCCGAACCUCGGAAAGAGAAAAGGGUUCGGUCUCCAUCUAUAGACAAAAGAGAUCAAGAGGAAAAACACAGCAAGAAGAAAAACAGAAAGGAACAGAAACAUAGUAAACAUAAACAGGAGGCUGAGAGUCGUAGUGGUUAUUAUUCUGAUGGUUCCCCCUUCAGUCAAGAGAGGGCAGCACCCUCUCCUGAGCGUGCCCGUAAAGGCAAGAAACACAAGGGAGAUCAGUCCAAGGACCGAGGGAGUGUAGGGCGUGAAAAAGACAGUAGGCGUGAAAUGUAUGAGGAUCCAGAUAAAACGGAGUCUCCUAGGGAUUAUAGAGAACAGCGUGGUAAAGGAUAUAAAGACCGUGUGCAAAUAGUCAGCCCAGCACCUUCCGCACGAGACAGGGAAAGACAAGGGAGGUCACUCUCUAUCGAACCACCAUUAAAGGAGACAAGAAGAGAAUACUCUCCAGAGUCACAAAGGUCCGGUUCUCAGUACCAAAGGAGUCGCAGGAACAUGUCUCCGCCUCCGGUAGAUAGGCGCCGUGACGAGGAACGUUAUGAAAAGGAAAAGGACAUAGAUCGCUCAAGAGAAGGACGGGGCAGAGAGAAGGAUGAUCCCCGCCGUGAUCCUAGGGCAAUGUCCCCGGACGACCGCAGAUACGGGAGGGGUCCACCACCAGGAAGACCAGAAUUUGAUCCUCGUCAGCAAGGCAGAAUGAGAUAUGAUGAGAGAAGGGAGCGUUACGAUGAGGAAAGGUACCCUCCCCCACCCCCAAUUCCCCCUCCUGGGGAUGACAGAGGCCACUUUGGACCAGUCAGGGCACCCUUUGAGUCCCCUAGGGGUCGUCCAGAAAGCUAUGACAGAGAUCGUGAACGAGAUCGGUAUGGCCGAGAAUAUGGACAACCGCCAGACGCAAGAUUUGGACCUGGACCAAGGGGCCAGUAUGAAAGGGGACAUCCUGAUUAUCGCGACCCAAGAGAUCCCAGAGAUCCGCGGGAACCACGAGACCCUCGCGACACUUCAGGACAUCGUGACCCCCGUGAUCUUCGCGAACCUAGGGAUCCACUUGACCCCCGAGAUAUGCGAGGUGACAUGCGACAUCCGAGGGUGGAUCCUCGCGAUCCCCGUGAUCCAAGAGAAAUGAGAGGUGACCCUAGAGAUAUGAGGGACCCAAGAGACGGUAGCUGGGAGAGGUCACGAGGUCGAGGAACAUGGACCUCGCCCCACGGUCCCCCUGGACCUGGGGGGAGGGGAGCAAGAGGAGGCCCCCCACCUCCUCCACAAAACUAUGGUGGUGGUAGAGGAAGAGGCAGUUUCGGUCCAAAUGAUCGUUACGGAAAUGGCAGAGGAGGUCGAUACGACCCUAGCCAGGAGCGUCAGAGCCGACGAGGUGAAUGGGAAAACCAGCGACGUGAAGACUUUUUCCCCGGGGGUGAGCGUCGGGACUGGGGCGAAAGGCGAGGGGAGGAGAGGCGUGGUGACUUAUCUCGCGAGGAUGACAGACGAGGGGAGGAGAGACCGGAUGACAGAGGAUUUAGGAUGGACAGAAGGGACGAUCGUAGAGACAAAGAUGGCAUUCGAGACAGACCAGAUGACAGAGAUAGCUCACGUGGGGGUCGCUAUGGUGAUGAUCGUAGGGGACGUGAUGAAAGUACGGAAAAGCGUGAAUUUGAGCGACGUGACCGUGACACUAUAACAGACUCACGACAGCGUGACAGAAAGGAUCAGUCUCAGGAAAGAGACAGGCAGGAGAGGGGAGAUGGAGAGAUAGUGGAUAAACCUGGGAGACAAGAAGAAAGUGAGAAAGAACGUGACAGAGUAGACAAUAGAAAAUCUGAUAGAGAGAAGGACAAAGAGAAACCUGGUGAAAGUUUAAAUGUGAGUUCAGAUGAUAAGGCUAGGGAAACAGCUGAAGGAAAGGACAGAACCACUGAAAAACAAACGUCUGUGGAUAGGACUGAGAAACUGGACAGUGGUCCUGAGGAAAAGAGAAAGAACAAAAAGAAGAAGAACAAGGAGAAAGACAAACCAAAGAGUCCUUCAAAGUCAAAGAAAGAUGGAAAGAGCAGUGGAAAGAAAGAGGACACAAAGGGUGGGGAUAAACAAGGGCAGGAAGGAGACAAAGACAAAUUUAUUGAGGAAAAGGAAGAAAAUGUUGACACAAGGAAAUCUGAGCAGGACGUUUCAGUAGGAAAAACUACAGAAAAGACUGAUGAAGGAAAAGAUAUUGUGGACUCCAAAGAUAUCCCAGAAUCUAAAGAUCUAAAAGAUUCUAAAGACUCUCGAAAGCGUGGUCUUGAAGAUGAAGAGAAGUCUGUAUCCCCAGCACCCUCCAGCAAACGAGUACGUGACACAUCUCCAGCCAACUCACAGCGCAGUCGCGGCAGUGCUGGAGACCAAGAUAGAGAAAGGUCACGAGGCCGUAAGCGUGACGAUAGGGAAUCUAGGCGUCAUGACAGGUCGAGACCACAUAGCAAGGAAUCAGACAGAGAUGGACGCCGUGAUAGGUCACCAGGCUCAACUACAAGUCGAAGAGAUCGACGUCGGGAAAGAAGUCAGGAAGCCAGAGAUUACGAUAGCAAAAGUUAUAGAAAAAGGUCAAGGUCACCAGAUCGUCGAUCAGGUGACUUCAAGGACAAUGAAGAAGAAAGGAAGAAGAGAAAAAUUACUGAGCUGGAUAAAGAAGCAGAUUCCAAAAAUGCAGAAGCUAAAAGUGACGACACAGGAGGAGCUGACGUAGCAGGUGACAAACUAAUGGUUAAACCAGAACUCAAGCCACCCGCUAAUGUUGGGGCGGUGGAAGGCCGGUCAAGAGGUGUGCGAGGAGAUGACCACAGAUUCAGUGACUGGACUGAUGACUCUGGAGAUGAUCUCCUCAACCAGAAAUCACAGACAGGGGAUGGAGAGAAAGCCCCACCCCCAGGACUAUCAUCAGAGGUUUGCUCAGCAAUUCCAGACCAUGUGCGUAAUGAAGGUCGUAUCCGUAGUAACAGUCGCAGCAGCCAUAACAGUAAACAGAGUCAAGGAGGUCGUAGACGGUCGUCACAGGACCUGGACAACUCUAGCCCUGAUCUCGACAGCCGUUCAGCAAGGGAUCAUAGUCCAACUAGGAAGUCGGGCGAUCGUAGUCCAAGGCAACAUUCACGUGACCGCAGUCCACGGAGAAGGUCACGUGACAGAAGUCCACGGCGAAGAUCAAGAGAUCGCAGUCCAAGGACAAGGUCACGUGAUCGCAACUCAAGUCACAAGUCAGGAGACUGUAGCCCAAGUGCAAGGUCACGUGAAGGUCAGAGUCCAAGUAGGACAUCAGAACAGCAUGUAAAUCAGGAAAGAAGGUAUGCUGACAGUUAUUAUAGGAGGGGGGAGGAACUACAAGAAGGCCCAACAAAGCCACACUUAGAUGAGGAGAAGGAAUCUAGCCAGACACAGGAGUUGUUGAAUUUGCCUAAAGACAAGGACCUCCAAUCUGCAGGUGAGGAAGAGGAUGACAGGAUGUCAUAUGAUGAGAUCUCCAGCGAAGAAGAGAGCAUCAUUGGUGAAGAGGAGAAGCAGGACCCUUCCCCUGCUCCCCAAGGUAUGGUGGACGUCCUACAGAUUGAUUUUUCCAGCUUCAAGAGCGACCCUCUACUCAAACCAGGAUCGGGCUCUGCUCUUAACAAGUACAAGCCAGCAGCCAUCUUGUCCAAAUUGGGUGUAUCAAGGGCUUUUGCUGGUGACAAAUUAUUCAAAAAGGUCCAGUCUUUCUGUCAAGACAAAGCAAAAGAGGAGAAAAAGGAAGCUGAAGAGGGCAAAGAAGGGGAGACCACUCCAGAGUUUCAGUGGCACAGUGAUGUGGCAAUGUUACACUCCAAUGAGGUGGCUCGUCAGAAGGAGAGAGCCACACUUAUCCCCAGCAUUGGACCAAACCGCCGCGGACUGUGUGCUCGCCGCGACCUGGACAUCAGACGGCAGCUUUGUAAACUAUACAAGAAUCCAGAUCAUCUUCAUUCCUACCACACACCAGUGUUCGAUACUGACCUCUGUAAACUCAGUGUUCAGCUGUUCAAGGACGCAACACAAUCUGUGAAGGUCAAGGAUGUGACCUGUGAACCCGAAAGUGUAAAACCAGAGGUCACAUGUCAGUGACAAAUGAGAUAAUACUCAUGAUUUGUAAAGAGAAUCUGUAAAGAGAGAAAAACAGGUAUAUGAAAGUGUUGUAUGUUUGAUCCAUAGAGAGAAAACAGGUUUACGAAAGUGUGAUGUGGAAGUAAAGAAAAUUUUCAAUACUUUGAUAAUCUGAUACUCAUGUUUGAUCAAUCUUUUGUAAUAUUUUGGUAAGAAAUACAGUUUUAUAUCCUGCAUGACUGUUUAGAUACAAAUUCUAAAAACAGUUAUGUUAAUGUUUCAGCCUAGAAUAAUUGCAUAUUUAUAAACACAAAACAGGGUAUAAAAAAACACUUGUUGCCACUGUUCAAACAAACAUUUUGAUUUUGUUAAGUGAGGUUUUGGGGGAACUGGAGCUGAAUUUUAACUGGACUUGUGGAUGCAACCUUACUUUUUUUAUCUUUACCAUGAUUAUCACAAAACGGUUGAAUUGUAAAUGAUAAUUGUGAUGAAAAAAUGAAAUCUUCUGUAAUGUCAUGAACUUAACAGUUAAAGUGAGGAUACCGUCUUUCGAUAAUGCGGUAAAUAUAAACCAGAGGCUUGCGAAAGGUUUGAGUUUCAGAACUGUUACACUGAGGGUUGGAGUUUUAUAGUCUACAAUCAAAGAAAGGAAUUGAUGUUUUUUCUCAAUCAAUCCUUUUUUCACCGACCAUCCAGUUAUAAUAUCAUAUCAUCUGAGUGUAAAAAGUUGCAUUGCACUUUUUAUUUUGUCACCAUAAGUGCAUGCAGCUUGUUUCUAGUCUAGACCCUAUAGUGGGGUGGGGGAGAAAAAUCACUUCUUGUUAAAGGGAGUCAAGUCAAUGAAGAGCAAGAGAGAAUAUUUCAUUAAAUCGUAUCAUCCCAUGUUUAAUUCAAAUUUUCCAUUAAACAUGUCAAACAUGUUCUGUAUAGGAUAAGGAGUCAUUUUCCUAUUUCAUGUAAUCAUCCUUUAAAGGGAGUAUUUUUGUACAUAAAAACUAUGUAAAAUAUUAAUGUGUAUGUUUAAGUGUCAACAUUGAUUGUAAAAUAAAACAUGUAUAAGAUUUGUAAA